GAGAGGAAACGGGAAGUGUUGACCAGAAUGAGUGCAGAAACCUGAGCAGAGUGUUCCACAUCAUCAUCAUCAUCAUCAUCAUCAUCAUCAUCUGACUGUGACAACCACACGAUGGGGAACGGACCAAGUGAGCAGGAACAAAUUGAUAGGUUUGUGAGUGACCUCAGCGAUGGUCCAGAUGUGAGAGUCAAUCAGAACAUUGUGAAGUUCUGCAGUCUGCAUUCUUCAGACAUGCUGAAACAACACUAUGAGAGGAGGAUGAGGGCGGGUGACUGCGCUGCAGGCUGGAUCAAGGACCUGGUGGUGAAGCUGGCAGCCUUCACAUCCGCUCCUGAGCUGGCCGGACUCGGAGCGCUCGCCAUCGCCGUCUUCAUCGACAUCUUGUCGUCCAGUCCAUCAAAGGAGAGCGUGAAGGACGCUCUGCGCUGUGUGUUUGCUGAGGAGAAAGCCUCCGAGGUCUGGGAUCUGAUCGAUGAGUGUCUGAAGAGAAUCAGGAUGAACAUCGACAACCGCCACCAGCUGAGGAGCGACCUGGAGCGGAUCGAGCACAAGCUGAGCGAGGCGCUCACCAAGCUGAAGAACUCCAUGUUGAGGGACAACCACAUGACGACUGAUGCUCUGAAGGCCUGGGUGAACGGAGCGGCCUUCCACAUCCACAUGCUGGUUCACCUGGUGAGACUGGGAGGGAUCAACACCUGUAACCCAGUGGAGAGACUCCUCUCUGAUUACGAGGAGGCGCUGGAUGAGCUGUUCAAAAAACAGAAGAAGAUAAUUGAAAAUAAGUGCUCGCUGGAAUCGUCUGCAACAAUCCCAGCCGUUGUGGAUCCUCCUCCCUAUUUUGUGGAUGAAAUGGGAACAUGUUACAAUAUUGGUUACGGCGAUUUUGACAAACAUGUUGAAGCGUUAUACAAUCACAGGUACGGGCGGCAGAAGCGUGAGAUUCAGCAGCACUUCAGUGAUGUGAGAAGGAAUCUGCAGAGUCUGGUUAGUCAGAGAGGAUCCUUUAACUUCCAAUGAGAGAGAAACUGAUUCAUCUGAAGAGACACACUACAUGGACAAAAGUAUGAGGACACUCCAACAUGACACACAUAUGUAACAGCUGAACAUGUGACUCU